GCUGCCGGCGGGAGCCGCCUGCAAGAGCACCAUGCUGCGCCUGCCUGCCCUCCGCAGGGCCCUGCCUGCGGCCGCGCCGGCCUUCGCGGUACGCGGCCGCACGACCGCCACAGCAGCCAGCAACCAGAUAGAGGUGUUUGUGGACGGCCAGCCCGUGCUGGUGGACCCCGGAACCACAGUGCUGCAGGCCUGUGAGAAGGCUGGAAUUCAGAUACCACGGUUUUGUUACCAUGACCGUCUCUCUGUUGCUGGAAACUGUAGGAUGUGUCUUGUGGAAAUAGAGAAAGCUCCAAAGCCAGUAGCUGCUUGUGCCAUGCCAGUUAUGAAGGGCUGGAACAUACUGACAAAUUCUGAGAAGUCCAGGAAAGCAAGAGAGGGUGUAAUGGAGUUCCUGCUGGCAAAUCACCCACUGGACUGUCCAAUCUGUGAUCAGGGUGGAGAAUGUGACCUACAGGAUCAAUCAAUGAUGUUUGGCAGUGAUAGGAGUAGAUUUAGAGAGGGAAAACGCGCAGUUGAGGACAAGAACAUUGGCCCACUAGUUAAAACGAUCAUGACUCGGUGUAUACAGUGCACUCGGUGUAUCAGAUUUGCUAGUGAGGUCGCAGGUGUAGAUGACUUGGGAACAACCGGAAGAGGAAAUGACAUGCAAGUUGGUACCUAUGUUGAAAAAAUGUUCAUGUCAGAGUUAUCAGGAAAUAUUAUUGACAUCUGCCCCGUUGGUGCACUUACCUCCAAGCCAUAUGCCUUUACUGCACGCCCAUGGGAGACAAGGAAGGUAGAGUCCAUUGAUGUUCUUGAUGCAGUUGGAAGCAACAUUGUAGUAAGCACAAGGACUGGAGAAGUGAUGAGAAUUUUGCCAAGGCUGCAUGAAGAUAUCAAUGAGGAAUGGAUAUCUGACAAAACAAGGUUUGCAUAUGAUGGUCUGAAGCGUCAGAGGCUUACACAGCCCAUGAUCAAAAAUGAGAAAGGACUCUUCGUUUAUGCUUCAUGGGAGGAUGUGUUAACUCGUGUUGCUGGUGUGCUAAAGGCUGUCCAAGGUAAGGAUGUAGCAGCAAUUGUAGGAGGACUGGUGGAUGCAGAAGCACUAAUAGCUCUAAAAGACUUACUGAAUAGAGUAAAUUGCGAUACGCUCUGCACAGAAGAGAUCUUCCCUACUACUGGAGCUGGCACAGAUUUACGCUCUAACUACCUGCUUAAUACCAAGAUUGCUGGAGUGGAGGAGGCAGAUGUGCUGCUUCUGGUUGGCACCAAUCCACGCUUUGAAGCGCCACUUUUUAAUGCUAGAAUUCGAAAGAGCUGGCUUCACAAUGACUUGCACGUGGCCCUCGUUGGCUCUGCUGUGAAUUUGACCUACACGUAUGAUCAUCUGGGAGAAUCACCACAGAUACUCCAGGACAUUGCUUCUGGGAAACAUGCAUUCUGCAAGGUCCUCAGCCAGGCUAAAAAGCCAAUGGUGGUGGUAGGAAGUGCAGCACUGCAGCGCAACGAUGGAGCAGCUAUCCAUGCUGCAGUUUCCACCAUUGCACAAAAUGCCAGGACUAAGAGCGGUGUUGGUUCUGACUGGAAAGUUAUGAAUAUCCUUCACAGGGUUGCAAGCCAGGUAGCUGCUUUGGAUCUGGGUUUCAAACCAGGAGUGGAGGCAAUUAGGAAAAAUCCUCCAAAAUUAUUGUAUCUCUUGGGAGCGGAUUCUGGUUGUAUAACACGUCAGGAUUUGCCAAAGGAUUGCUUUAUCAUCUAUCAAGGACAUCACGGGGAUGUGGGAGCUCCCAUGGCUGAUGUUAUUCUCCCAGGAGCAGCGUAUACAGAGAAAGCAGCAACAUACGUGAAUACUGAAGGUAGGGCCCAGCAGACAAGAGUAGCAGUAACACCUCCUGGGAUGGCAAGGGAAGACUGGAAAAUCAUUAGAGCUGUCUCUGAGGUGGCUGGUUUGACCUUGCCUUACGAGAACCUUGCUGAAAUACGGAAGCGUCUAGAAGAAGUAUCUCCUAAUCUGGUCCGGUAUGAUGACGUGGAGGAGGCUAACUACUUCAAACAGGCAAAUGAAUUAUCAAAGUUAGUGAAGCAGCAGCUUCUUGCUGAUCCUCUUGUUCCACCUCAGCUCACAAUAAAAGACUUCUAUAUGACAGAUUCCAUCAGUCGAGCAUCCCAGACUAUGGCCAAGUGUGUGAAAGCAGUUGUUGAAGGUGCUCAUGCAGUGGAAGAGCCAGCCAGCUGCUAGUUACUGAUCAAACCGCUACCAACUCCAUCCAAGUAUUUGUUGCAGUUAAUAGCUGUGACCAAUACCUUUUUUUUUUUUUUUUCAGAAUCUAUUUGCUAGGCAGCGGUAUUUCUUUUUUCAUCCACAUUUUCAUCAGUUCACAUAGUCCCACAGUAUAAAACUCUUGUGGCUGGAGAGAACAUGCAGCAUUCAGCUUGCUGUACCUAGAGGCUGCAUACACGAUGACUGUAUACAAAUAAAUUAUAAUAUUAAACAAGCCAUUACACAUGUAAUUUAUAAAGCUCACGCUUCUUGUAUGAAAACAGCUCGGCCUCAAUAGAAGUUUUGAUUUGCCAAGAACAAUUUUUUGUGGCCUAGACACUAGACUGCAACCUUCCAGAGCAUCUAGCUAUUGUAAACACUGAUGAGGAUGUGAACGCUCUAUUUUUGUCAUGCACUUUCAGAGCAAGUUGUCUCUCUUUUCAGUCAAACAUACCUGGUUUGUGUCAGUGUACACCUGCUGCUCUAGAUAUUUGUCUGUGUUUCUCCAUUUUGUUGGCAGUUGAGAAAACUACUCAAGGGAAGAAUUAUUAUUUUUAUGCUGUGAAAAGGAGCAAGCAAUUUUCACACAGCUUUGAAAUGUUAAACUUUUUAAAACUUAGCAAAAGAUAAAAGGCCUUCAGCUGCACCAGUACAAGAAAAAAUCUCACUGUAGUUCCUCUGUGCACUGAUCUUUUUAUAGCAAAGUGGAAGAGGAGACUGUGGGGUUUCAUUUUAAAGCUUUGCGUGACUUCAGAACAGUGAGUCGCUGCUCAGCGUUACAGGAUGUUGGAUAAUGCAAGUUUGGAAGAAGGCUAGCUACCCCAGCAAUGAGGUGCUAGAGUAAUAAGAGCUAGAGGAAUCCUUCCAGGAAUCAUGCAGACCAAAAUGCUGAUAUAAAGUCGUCACUUCCAA